GAGACGCCCCGCCCCCGCGCGGUGCUGCGGAACCGGAGCUCCGGGCGGCGUCGGCAGGGGCGCGGGAGGCGGCGAGGCCAGGGCGCAGGAGCCGGCGCAGCGACCGCAGAGGGAGCGGUGGGGACAGAGCAGACCACGACGAAGACGCACAGGCAGCCGGGCCGGGCCGGGCCACAGGGAGAGCGGCCGCCGGGAAGCGGGCGGGAAGCCGGGCGGGCAGCGGGCAGCCGCCGAGCCGCGAAGCGACAUGGUGCUGCUCAAGGAGUAUCGAGUCAUCCUACCUGUGUCUGUAGAUGAGUAUCAAGUAGGACAGCUGUAUUCUGUGGCUGAGGCAAGCAAAAAUGAAACGGGUGGUGGUGAAGGCGUGGAGGUCCUGGUGAAUGAACCCUAUGAGAAGGACGGUGAGAAAGGCCAGUACACACACAAGAUCUACCACUUACAGAGCAAAGUGCCCACGUUUGUUCGAAUGCUGGCCCCAGAGGGAGCCCUGAAUAUUCAUGAAAAAGCAUGGAAUGCCUACCCUUAUUGCAGAACUGUUAUUACAAAUGAGUACAUGAAAGAAGACUUUCUGAUUAAAAUUGAAACAUGGCACAAACCAGAUCUUGGCACCCAGGAGAAUGUGCAUAAACUGGAGCCUGAGGCAUGGAAACAUGUGGAAGCCAUAUAUAUAGACAUUGCAGAUAGAAGCCAAGUACUUAGCAAGGAUUACAAGGCAGAGGAAGACCCAGCAAAAUUUAAAUCUAUCAAAACAGGCCGAGGGCCCUUGGGCCCCAACUGGAAGCAAGAACUUGUAAAUCAGAAAGACUGCCCAUACAUGUGUGCAUACAAACUGGUUACUGUCAAGUUCAAGUGGUGGGGCCUGCAGAACAAAGUGGAAAACUUUAUACAUAAGCAAGAGAAGCGUCUGUUUACAAACUUCCACAGGCAGCUGUUCUGUUGGCUCGAUAAGUGGGUUGACCUGACCAUGGACGACAUUCGAAGGAUGGAAGAAGAGACGAAGAGACAGCUGGAUGAGAUGAGACAAAAGGACCCAGUGAAAGGAAUGACAGCAGAUGACUAAAGCCACCCCUCCCCCUUCUGCACUUUUUGCAAGACAGUGGUCAACAGGAAGGCCCAGCAGCUCCACCAUCCUGAGUGAAGGCCAUCUUCGGAUGUAGCCUUUCUGUGCCCGUUCUUCAGGCAACUUUCGAUCCCUUACUGUAGCCAAUUCUAGAUGCCCUUUAAUAUUGUGAACAAAUACUCUCUGGUAUUAUGAAGCCCGUGUGUGCAGGAGCCUGCUCCUCUGAGAUAUGUGGCAUGUAGGCUACUGUAUUAACGGCUCCUCCCUCUCCAGCCAUUGUGUUCUCAACCCAUUUCUGUGUGUCCCCCCCUUUAUUUUCAAGUGACAUUUUUAGUCUUUCAAAAUAGCUGCCUUUUGUGAUGUGGUGAUUUAAAUGAAUUAAGUUUGUUUGUUUUCAGCCUUGGGAUAAACUGAGGUAUUUUGUUUCCUGGGCAGAUCUUUGCAAUUUUGAGUGCUCACGUGGGGAAAGGGAAUGAAUUAGUUUUUCCCCCAGUUCCACAGAACAGCAAUGUGGCUUCAUAACUCUGACCUCUGCUCCCAGUAACCCAUUGUUAAAGUGUUCUAAGCACCAAGGAAAUACCCAAGGCCCAGACAUUCUGUUUUGAAAACUUAACAAACACAAAUAACUCCUGCCCCAGGAGUUAUCUCUGGUCACUAGUCCUAGAAUACCUAUGGCUUCUCUGCCCUCCUGUUGCCCACUCUGUCUGCAUCUCUGCAGAGCCUGUAAUAUGCCCGGGUCAGCUCUCCGCCUGGAGGGGCCUGUCCAGUGUGGCCCUUAGAACUGAGCCUGCCCCAUAUAUACUAAUUAGUCUGCCCCCCAAGGAGCUCUGUAUGUCCAUGCUCCUCUUCCCAUUUGGGCUGGUGCUGACACUCAGCAAUAAUCCUCUUUUUCUCUGUGCUUUCUUAGAUUCUUGCCCUCUGUCUUUGAGGCUGGUCAGGACACAAGAGUCCUGAUCUUUUCAUGCUGCACAAAACAAGCAUGCAAAAAGCUUCUUCCCAAGCAGAACAUGUUCCCUCUUGUCUCCAGUUACUGAAAAGGAUUUGGGAAUCAAGAUCCCUGCUCGUCCUGCCCCCAAGAUGCGUUGUGUCCUGGACAAUCAAAAGCAAGUAGUGACCAUAGAACAGAGCUCUACCAAAGUAGGUCUUUGAGAGCCCAGGCUCCAGGGGAACAGAAGCUGCUGAGCACUUCCAAGUUUCCUAUGACUUGGCAGAACCUGGAUAUGCCUUUCCCAAUAGGAGAAUCUGAGAUAGCUGUGGUGUAACCUAACAUUUCCCAAACCUCGAGGAGUAAUGUUGGCCAACUGUAUAGUGAUCCAAGCCUAUGCUAGCCUGCAUGUAGCUGCUAAUGAGAGAAACCAAAUCUCUUUUGGGGGGGCGAGAAGUAGGAUGGGAAAAUUUAUCCUUAUGUUUCUGUCAGUUUGUUUUGCCUUAUUUCUAAGUGCAAUAAGGGAAUCUCUCACAGGAUUUCCCCUGUGACAUCCUGAAGGAUGUGUCCCCGUGACCCUCCUGGGACAAGGGUAGACAGACUCACACCCCUCCACAUGGUUAGCUCCAACCUCCAUCAAGGCUCCUUUGGGACCAGAUGUCCUGUUACACCUUCCCUUUAGUCUCCUCACCUUAUGGAGUCUGUAGUAGCAAUGAUCAGGUACAGUUCAGUUGAUUACUAACAUCCCAAAUGCCAGUAGCAUUUAUUUGACUGGGAAAGUUGAAGAGGUGUUCCUACUGGAGAAAAAUGUAAAUGUUUUCCUUCAAGCUCUGUAUCAGCUGUAAUUACAUUUGUGCUUAACGCUCUCCCUUCUUCAUCCAUCAUCUCAGUGAAGUCCAGAUGUGGACUAUCCUGGGAGAAACAACUGUCAAUAUUCUAUGCAGACAGUUGUUUAGGUGGUUUGAGGGUCAGAUGUUAGUCUCCUUCCUUCAGCUCUUCUCUGAGACCACACAUAUCACUCCAGCUCUGGCGGGGGCUUGCUCUGUCUGCGUUUUCGCUGGCUCUUCCCACCUUUACCUGUUGCCCCAGUUGGAAAGCAUCCACAUGAGCAGAGCUGGAAUUUCCUGAAGUCAGUUGGAUCUGGGGCUCCAGCCCACAUUAAGGAAAGGAGGGAUUUCCCUGGUCUUUUCCAUCCCCACGGAUAGUGUUGCUGCUGGGCAACGGUGUAGUCUUUUUUUAGGUAUCCCUCCCACGCCCCCCUCCCCCAAACCAGCUAGCACUCAGUGGGGCUUCCGAUGAAAGGCUCAGCUCCAGGGUAGUAUCUGAGGAUGGGCCCCACCCCUUCAGAUCGGCUGUUUCCAUUAGAUUUUCAGGGUCACAGUCCUAGCUGGAAGCAGCAGUUGCCUCUGUGGGAGGGGUGCUAGGCUCUGGCCUUCUCACAGAGAGGUCAAGGACAGGGUCAGUAUUGUGGGCACCAGUAUAUCUUCCCAAGUUCUCUUACAGUCCCUGCUGGGACUCCCUGAGUUAUUUUGGUUGGUUCCUAGUGCUACUUCUUUUACAAAAUACACUUUGUAGACUUGAUUAGAUUACCUUAUUUAAUGUGAGUUUGUGCCUUUUUGUCUCAAUCUUCCAAUACAGGUAUAUUGGGGGAAAAAGCAGUCUAAUAAAAUCCUAGACAGAG